AUGGCGGCAGAGUACUUGGUCGCCUCGCUCACUCUCGCCUUCACCACGAAAAAGUCAAGCUCACGACAACUAGGCUUGCUCUCCCUCUCUGCUCUAGUAGUCCUCGAGACGGUGCUCCUGUCUGCUUGGUCGGGUCUGGAGCUGCUGCGAGGAGUCGUCGCAUUCUUCUGUUUCGUCAAGACGCUCCAUCUCGUUAGUCUCUUCCUCAUCCUCCGCGUGGAAAUCAGUCAACUACUUCCACAAACCCGCAAGCCAUCUCCCCGUUUUCUGGCUGCCUUGAAUUGUGUUACUGGUACUCGCGGUAUCGGAACACCCUGGGAGGUGAAGACCUGGACACAUCGUGACCAUGCCUCACCGCCGAACCGAACCCCCAAAACAAAAGGGGCGUACAUCGCCAGAACCCUUCUUUCACUCAUCUGGCAAUUCAUAGUCCUCGACCUUUUAAACUUCGGCGCAGUCCGCUACUUCCAGCGAGAAUGGCCCGGCGCCCUGGCCGCAGAUGCUGAGUUUCUCGGGCCAGCCUCGAGCAAGGAGCAGCUAAUAGCGCGCUUUCCGCUCGCGCUUCUGCUAUUAGUCAAUCUGCGCAUGCUGAUCUCAAUUAUAUACAAGGUUGUUGCACUGGUGUCGAUUGUGUUCUUCUCGGGAUGUCCGCAAUCCUGGCCGCCGCUAUUUGGGAGGGUGUGGGAUCUCAGGUACUUUAGAGUGAGGGAUUGUUGGGCCGUAUACUGGCACAGCCUUCUCCGCUGGCCUCUCGUAACAAUUAGCAAUGCCAUCCAACACCGCCUACUCCCCGGCUCAGGCAAAGCCCAGCAAAUGAUCCAACAUUUGCUGAUAUUCUCCAUCUCUGGAAUUUUACACGUGUUAUGCGCAAUAUACGCCGGAUUGCCCGACAACCUCGGUGCCAUAAUGCUCUUCUUCGUGGGCCAAUCUGCUGCAAUCGUCGUCCAGGAGCUCGUCAGUCCUCGACCUCGAGCAGGUAAGGACUCCGACACGCCAUGGACGCGUUUUCUGAAUUUCUUGAGUCUGCUCACGUGGUUUUACGUGUCUAUGCCAUUGCUUGCGUACACUGCGUUGAGAAUGCCCGUUGAGACGAACGAGUUUAUGCCGCUUAGUUUUGUAGAGGAGGUCGGGUGGCAGGCAAUGGCGGGAGUUAUUUCUGCGGGGUGGGCUGGUUGGACCUUGAUUAGGGGAUGA